CUUCGGGGGAAACAGCGCUGCUUUCACACCUUCCUGCCUCGCCGCUCACGCUCACACUGGAAAUGAAAGCUCUAUUUUUCUCCCUCGCUGCACCGCUCACUUCCUGUGGCAGCCGCUCGCUCUAACGCGCUGCAGCGAGCGAGGCGUGUGACUGACAGCUCGUCAGCCUGGACGCACGGACCGAUCCACGAUCGCAUGGAGGAUCGACAGGAGGCAUGACCGAGGAGAAAUGUCCCCAGCUGGUGGACUACUUUGUAGUGGCUGGCCUGGACCCCGCGGGGCCGUGGAGGCCCCUGGACGAGGAUGGGAAGGCCGCCGCCUCCUCGACGACGUCCUCGUCUUCUUCCUCGACGGGCCGGGCGGCAGAGCCCGUGACGGACCUGGUGGUGAUCGCCCGGGGGCUCGGGGAGGACGUUCCCGAGGGCUUCACCUGCAUCGAGAAGACGCUGGGCGGACACUCGGCCGAGCUGAGCGCCGGCCUCAUCAACAACCCGCACCUGUACCUGUGUUACCGCCGAGGGCGGGACAAGCCGCCCAUCCUGGACCUGGGGGUUCUGUACGAGGGGAAGGAGCAGCUGAAGCAGGGCUGGUACGUUAUUGAAACCACGCCGUACAGCCGCUCGGCGAGCCUGAGCGUGGGCGGCGCCCCCACGGCUCAUCGGGUCUUCCUGACGUACCGCCGGGCUCCGGACUCGCAGGGCCUCCACACGCUGGGCGUCACCGACAUCGCCCUGCUGCUGCCCAGCAAGGGCGAGGUGGCGCCGCACACCUUCUGCAGAGUCGACAAGAACCUGAACACGGGCAUGUGGGGCCCAGCACUGCACGUGUGCUACAAGAGAGCCGUGGCUACAGCCAACGCCCUGGUGUUCGAGGCCGAUCUGAUCAGCCGCUACCCGGAGGAGGACCUGGACUCGUUUCCUCUGCCCGAGUCGGUGCCGGUCUUCUGCCUGCCGAUGGGCGUCACCGUGGAGAGCUGGCCUCAGAACACCAAGUACCAGCUGCCCGUCUUCUCCACCUUCGUCCUCACCUCCGCCUCCGGGGACAAGGUUUACGGCGCCGCCAUCCAGUUUUACGAGUCGUUCUGCAGAGAGCUGCUGUCGGAGCGGCAGAGCAUCCGCCUCGGUCUGCUGAGCGUCGUCGACCGGCGGCCCAUCACCAACCGCAGCCUGCAGGUGAAGAAGAGCAUCUGCGUCCUCUCUCACUGGCCCUUCUUCACCGUCUUCCAGAAGUUCCUCACCUUCGUCUACAGAUACUCCAUCUCCGGGCCCCACGUGCUGCCGAUCGAGAAACACAUCUCCAGCUUCAUGCACAACGUCCCGUUUCCUUCCCCACAGCGUCCUCGAAUCCUCGUUCAGCUCUCGCCGUACGACAACCUGCUGCUCUGCCAGCCUGUCUCCUCGCCGCUCCCGCUCAGCGGCGCGAGCUUCCUGAAGCUGCUGCAGAACCUCGGCCCAGAAAACGCCUGCACGCUGCUGCUCGCCGUCCUCACUGAACACAAGCUGCUGCUGCACUCGCUCCGACCUGACGUCCUCACCUCCGUCAGCGAGGCCCUCGUCUCCAUGACGUUCCCGCUCCGCUGGCUCUGUCCCUACAUCCCUCUGUGCCCGCUGCAGAUGGCAGACGUGUUGCUGGCACCGAUGCCCUUCAUCGUGGGCGUCCACUCCAGCUACUUCGACCUGCACGACCCCCCCACCGAUGUGGUGUGUGUUGACCUGGACGCCAACACCAUCUUCCAGUCAGAUGACAAGAAGCCACUGUCAUGGCGUUCGUUACCCAGGAAACACGGCAAGAUGCUGUUCAACGUCCUCACCAACCUCCACAAGACGCUGGAGAAGAUUUGCACUCCCGGCCAGGAGGAGGCGACGCUGGAGUUCCUGCUGACCGACUACGACCAAAUCUACAGGCGUCAGAAGCAGCUGGAGCUGGAGAUCCAGGAGGCCUUCCUGCGCUUCAUGAGCUGCCUGCUGCGAGGCUACAGAGCCUUCCUGCUGCCCAUCACGCAGGCGCCGUCCGACACCACCACCGACUGCAGCUCCCUGUUCAACCUGCAGGGUUUCCUGAAGUCUCGCGAUCGAACGCAGCAGAAGUUUUACACCCAGCUGACCAAGACGCAGAUGUUCACCCAGUUCAUCGAGGAGUGCUCGUUCGUCAGCGACCGCCACGCCUGCCUCGAGUUCUUCGACGAGUGCGUGCAGAAGGUGGACGUGGAGAAACCGGAGGAGGUGAGGCUGAUCGAUCUGGACGAGACGCACAGCGGCGAGCACACCGUCUUCAUCAUGCCUCCCGAGGAACCGCAGGAACCUGAUGGGUCUGAGUGCCCCGCCCUCUACAGUUACGAGACCUUCCCCACCCUCAAACUAGAGCUCUUCGACCAGCCCCAGGACCAACUCCGCGUCCCAGCCAAGGGCAGCGCUCCCAGUAGCCCCGCCCCCCGCCGCACCAAACAGGAGAUCAAGUUGGCUCAGAAACGGGCCCAGAAGUACUCGGCAGUGCCGGACAUGUGGUCCAAGUGCCUGCUGGGUCACUGCUACGGCCUCUGGUUCAUCUACCUGCCCACCUUCGUCCGUGCGGAGACCGCCAAGGUCCGCGCCCUGCACACAGCCUACGACGUCCUCAAACACAUGGAGAACCGCAAGGUGGUGCUGCCGGAUGAGGUGUGUUACCGGAUCCUGAUGCAGCUGUGUGGUCAGUUUGGGCAGCCAGUCCUCGCCGUCAGAGUCCUGCUGGAGAUGAAGAAGGCGGGAAUCACACCGAACACCAUCACCUACGGAUACUACAACAAGGCGGUGCUGGAGAGCAAGUGGCCGUCGACCAAUCAGGGCGGGCGUCUCCGCUGGGCCAAGCUGAGGAACGUCCUGCUGGCUGUGGCCCAGUUCAGACAGCCAAUCAAACGGCGGCAGAAGAGCGGCUCCGUGGGUUCGCGUGGAGAAACGGCGGCGGAGUUUGACCGAAGGCCCCGCCCCCACUCCUCUCUGAUUCGUCAGUCCAGUUGGAGCGGUCUGAGUGAAAGCUCGAGUCACGAGUCUCUGACUGGCCUGCUGGUGAAGAGCAACAGUCUGAGCAGCAUGAAGAUGGCGAGCGACAAGGUCAAAUCGGGUAAGAAGUCCGUCCUCCGUGAGGCGGGGGCCAAUGGCUGCGCAGACGCCGUCUCCCGUAAACCCCCGCUGGGACGGCGGGACACGUCCACGCCGCCUCCAGCGCCCUCCGGUGGAGCUCUGGUUCAGCGGAGUCAGGUCUGCCUCUCCAGCUUCUACAAAGAGUGCGUGGAGUCAGCCGACUCGGAGCUGGACUUGCCCGCUGAGGCAGACAGACGACCUGCCGACGUGCAGGGCUCGUCCGGCAGGAACAAAGCUGUCGAUGAGAACUACAACAACGUCUCCUCCCCGAGCCGAGGAGGACUGGCGGGCAAACUGCAGCAACUCCUCACGCCGACCAAACACCGAGUGUCCGUGCGACGAGCCGCCAGCGUGGGCGACCGGCGCCCGGGAGGAGGGGGAGGAGCGGGAGGAGGAGUGAUUGGACGAAGAGUGUCGGACCAGAGGCCGUCGAGGAAAGGUCAAGUGGCCGAAACUCUCCUAAAAGCAAAGGAGAAGCUGGUCAACGCCACAUCAGAGAGCUCGCUGUCUGUAGGAAGCGACCUCGACUUGAUGGAUGUGCCGAGUCCUGCGUAUCCUCUACGCCGGUCCUGGGACGCCAAUCAGGAGGGGGUGGGAAUAGAGGUGUUGAUGUCCAGCUGCUCGCUUUGUCGUAGCUGCAACUCGCUGGUUUACGACGAGGAGAUCAUGGCGGGCUGGACAUCGGACGACUCCAACCUGAACUCCUCCUGCCCGUUCUGCGGCUCCUCCUUUGUUCCCUUCCUGAACGCCGAGAUCUGUGACCUUGGACCCGUCAGCAGUGCGGACCGCUGCAACUGGAACCUGGAGGACGAGGUGGAGAGUGCCGUGAGGCCCCCCAGUGGUCACGAGGCGUCCGUGCGACCCCAGUGUAACGGGCUGAGCGAGGACUCCAGCUCCGAGACCAGCAGCUACUCCGAGACCAGCAGGACCACCACGGGUUCGUCAGUGGGCGGCGUUCCCCAGGUGACCGUGGCCUACCUGAGCCCUCUGGUUCUGAGGAAGGAGCUGGAGAGUCUGCUGGAGAACGAAGGCGAGGCGGUCCUGGCCCAGCCUCAGUUCCUGGACAACCACUCCAUCAUCUUCUGGAACCUGGUGUGGUACUUCCAGCGCCUCGGCCUGCCCAACAACCUGCUGCAGCUGGUCCGAGCCUCACCGCUGGUCAGCCAGUUCACACAGUCAGAGAACUCGGCAGUGAGAGUGAGACUCCUGUGGGACACCCUGACCCCCGACACAGACCAGUGGCCCCCCCUCUACGUCCUCUGGAGGAUCCACAGUGGCGUCCUGAUGAGAAGCUACAGCUGGCGGAGGCACAACCACCCGUUCACCCUGUCCUUCCUGGAGGAGGUGCUGCGGUGGGUGGGCAUGAAUGAGGUGCACAAGGCCGUCACGCUCUUCCUGGACACGCUGGCCAAACAGCCGGGAACCCCCAGGAUCCAGAGGAGUCUGUACAGAGAGUUCCUCUUCCUCACGCUGGCAGCCAUGGGCAAAGAUCACGUCGCGGCGUUCGAUAAGAAGUACAAGACGGCGUACUCUCGGCUCAGCGGUACUCUGGGUCGGGAGGAGCUGCGGAAGAAGCGAGCACAGCCUCCCAGCCCGAAGGCCAUCGAUUGCAGACGCAGCUUCCACCCGCCUCUCGAAUGCUGAAACGGGUCCUGGUGACGUCCCCCGCGCUCGUUCAUCCCUGCGAAGGGAAAACGGCGAGCCUUUGGAUCCCCGCUGCCUUCACCUGCUCGUGUUCUUCACCUCUCUGCUGCCUCCAGGUGGAGGUCGGAGUGCCGCACUCCUUCCUGUCCUGUCCUUCUUUUGCCUCGUCGGUGUGAAUCCAGACGCUCUACGGCUCCAUCAACGAUCCUGAAAGUAGAUCCGGCAGCAGGAGACAAAAGGAACGCACUUCUCUCAGCAGCAUUCUGAGCCGUGAUUGGUGCAGCGUCGAAGGCGAGGGCUGGUUAGAAGCUCGGGCCGGGCUGCCUGAUUUAAAGAUGCACUGCAUGGUCACGGGCGAGCCUCACAGUUUGUUUUUAAAGCGUGGUCGAGAAGGACUUUCAGACGUUUUUUAUUAGUGUUUUUGAACGACUCGUUGUGCUGGGAGUCGUCCAGAAGAUGGUCGGCCUGUCACAAUGAAGCUGCAGUUUGAGUCUUUCCAUGUGACCACAGAGGCCAAGGUUAGGACACAGGAAAUGGCAAAAAACCCAAACCUCUCACAUCCUCCAGUCACCGCUGGAUUCCCUCUGCAGCUUUGUGGUGCUGGUGCACAUCAGCGAAGCACGACUGAAGCAGGUGACCUGACACGAGCUUCCACGGAGGCGGAGUGAAAGUCUCGGAGAGCGAGUUAGCAAGCUAAGUACAACAGCGGUCACCUGUAAAACCCGACCAGCGACAAAGAUCACCGAUCAUAACGAGUAGAGUAACCUCCCCCACACACGGCUGUAAUCCUCUCAUCCACCGCCCGCUGCCUGACCUCCACGAUGAAGCUCGAACUAUUUCCUGUUAGAAUCCAGAUGGCAGUACAGGAAGUUCCCCUCUGUUUGGACCUGGAGACUCACCUGGAGGCCCGACGCACUCAUUCGGGAAGUGCUGUGUGAUGUGAAAUCUGUAUUAUAACAAAGUGUAGAUAUUUAUGGCUCUAAUAAAGCAGAGGGUGUAAUAAACAGGUUGUUUCAGCGGCAGAAUGCAGAGCAGAGCUUUUUGAUGGAGCUCAGCGACUCAGCGUUAAGGCUGAAGAGGAAAGAGGACGAUUUAAUGCACGCUGUCAUGUGUUGAUGCUCGGAAGCUUCGCUGGUUUCAGCUCAGAGCGUCUGGUUUGGGACAAGCGAGGUCAGAGGAAAUAAACGAUCCAAUUUACAGACAAGUUUCCCUUGAAGGCGUCGCCUUCGCCUUACGGUCCGCCCUGCGAGCACCAGCAGCUACCCUGACCGAGGAAUCCGCAGGUCCAGAUGAUUUGAAUCCUGACUCGCUCCGUCACGUCUCUGAGGGUCUUCUAGUUGUACCUGGAGCAUUUAGCCUUGCAUGGGGUCUUUUAUUUUGAAAGGUGGCUUGUUUCUGACUUCCUGUUCUCUGCUCUGAGUAGCUUGGUGUGGUUUCUGUCAAAAAUAGCACCCCUGCUUAUUUUGAGCAGCAGGAGUCAGGAGUGCCGCAUCACUGUGCCCACGGCAUUCUGGGUAACACACCUUACCUGAUCUGAGAGCUCAUUGGUUGUUCAGAUAAGCAGUGGGUGGAGCCUCUGCAGAUCUUUUGUUAGUUUUUUUUUAAAUAUUAAAAAACAAAAAACUUCAUGUUUCCUUUUGAGGCCACGUUUGCUGCACGGCUGAUGUUUUUGUUGGGUCGUGUGUGAUUGUCCUGAACCAGAUGCUCAGUUUGUGACCUGAUGCCCGUUCACGUCUGGUCUGUCAGCUGACCCACAAAGCUAACAGUUUGCUCUAGGGCGUCUCAGCAGCAGCAGGAAUCAAACCGGCGACUUCUCACUGAUAUUUCCAGCUUCAUAUUUUUAGUGUCAUGGAGCAGCUUUGCAUGAUUCACAGUUCAGAAUAAUCCUCCUGUGUCAGGGCUCAGCCCCUCAGUCACCCUCUGCUUUGGCUACUGUCUCUUAAGCUGCCAGCUUUCCUCUGAUUGGACAGCUUGCAGAAGCAUGCGGGGGACAGAUGGCUGAAUAAAUGUGAGUUUUUGGUUUACAGGGGGGGGGGGCACUGUAACGUGUUAUGAGACUAAAGCACGCUCACGCUGAUGAUUGCGUCAUCAGUGAAAUAGUUCCUGCUGCAGCCGAGCGCCCCGGAGCCAGGCGUGAACUUCAAGCUGUGGUUAAACUCGUUUGAGUCUGUAACCAGCCAGCUGACCGCCUGUGGUUAGAGCCGGCUCAGGCGGGCGCAUUUAAACUGAUAUUGUGUUUGCUGUUGUAAUUUAUAAAUGCUCGUGAUUUCAGUUGUAAAUGUUUUUUAAGAAAACAAAUAAAAGUGAGUAGAGUUUGCAAAUACAUUAAA